AGGGGUCAAUUUAACGGUUCUGUUUAUCAGUCUUACCGAUAAUUCCAUUUAAAAACUUAUUAUCAAAGAGUGUUCACUAACGGCCUUAGAGACAAACUGGACCAAAAAUCUUAAAGACGUGAUUUAAGUCUACCUGUUCUUAACUCUGUAGUCUCCAAGCAAGGAGUCAAUGUCUUAGAUGUACGUUCUCUAUUAUAAGUGAGUUCGUUGCAGAAGUAUUUUGCUUUAGAAGAAUGAAGUACGUAACCAGUUCCAGGUUUGAAGAUUCAGACAAGUGAAACAUGCCAGAUUCUACUUCAGUUUCCAAACCAUUUGAACGACUGCCUACAAGUGUACUUCCAAUUCACUACAACAUCAAUUUCAAACCUGAUUUGCAGAAACUUGUGUUUGAAGGUCAUGAAACCAUCAAAAUUGAGGUGAAGAAUGAGACAUCUGUUGUGGUUUUAAAUGUUUUGGAGCUCCAAGUGAAGCUGGCUCGCUUCACUAGAGAAGGUGGAUUAGAACAAAAUGCCACAAAUAUUAAAGUAUCUCAAGAUGAUGAAAGACUGAUACUGACCUUUGAUCAGCCUUUGACUGUUGGUAAGGGUGAAUUGUAUUUGGAGUUUUGUGGAGUUCUUAAUGAGAAGAUGAAGGGGUUUUAUCGCAGCAAAUACACAACCCUUGAAGGUGAAGUACGUUAUGCAGCAGUGACACAGUUUGAGCCAACUGAUGCUAGACGUGCAUUUCCAUGCUGGGAUGAACCUGCUUUGAAAGCAACCUUUGAUAUUUCACUCAUAGCUGCAAAAGAUCUUGUUACUCUUUCAAACAUGAACAUUGUUAGCAGUAAACCUGUAGCCACAAAUCCUGAACUGAAAGAAGUACAGUUUGCAACCUCUCCAGUUAUGUCUACGUAUCUAGUGGCCGUAGUGGUGGGUGAGUUUGAUUAUGUGGAGGAACAGUCUGGUGAUGGAGUACAAGUGAGAGUAUACACACCAGUUGGGAAACAGGAGCAGGGAAGAUUUGCUCUGGAGGUUGCCUGUAAAGCUCUACCAUUCUACAAGCAGUAUUUCAACAUAGCUUACCCAUUACCAAAAAUGGAUUUGAUAGCUAUAUCAGAUUUUUCUGCUGGUGCCAUGGAAAAUUGGGGGUUAGUCACCUACCGCGAAACGUGUCUUCUUGUUGAUCCACAGAAUACCUCGGCUGAUCGCAAGCAGUGGAUUGCCCUCGUGGUUGGGCAUGAGCUUGCUCACCAGUGGUUUGGUAAUCUAGUAACCAUGGAAUGGUGGACUCAUCUUUGGUUGAAUGAAGGUUUUGCAUCAUUUAUUGAGUUCCUGUGUGUCAACCACCUGUUUCCUGAAUAUGAAAUUUGGACUCAGUUUGUGACUGAUGUCUAUACUCGUGCUCUGGAGCUUGAUGCUUUGCACAACAGUCAUCCAAUUGAGGUUCCAGUUGGCCACCCAUCAGAAAUUGAUGAGAUCUUUGAUGAUAUUUCCUAUAACAAGGGGGCUUCAGUCAUUAGGAUGCUACAUCGAUUUUUAGGAGAUGAGGUUUUUAGUAAAGGGAUGAACACGUACCUGACAAGACACAUGUACAAAAAUGCUCAAACUGAAGAUCUGUGGCAGGCUUUAGAAGAUGCUAGUCAAAAACCAGUGGCUGCUAUUAUGAGCUCAUGGACAAAACAAAAGGGUUUUCCUGUGGUAUCGGUGUCAUGCAGGCAAGAUGGAAAAAAUAAGAUUCUUUCUUUGACUCAAGAAAAGUUCUGUGCUGAUGGAAAUGCUGAGGGGGAUAAUCUGAGAUGGCUUGUGCCCAUUAACAUUACAACAGCAAAGUCACCAGAACAGAUAGUGAAGCAGGUACUACUAGAAGCUCCAUCUAUGGAAAUUCUGAUAGAGAAUGUAGAACCUAAUGAGUGGGUCAAGCACCAGUUAUACAGAGAAGCAGAUUUGCAUGAAGAGAAAGACCGAAUAUCAAGAGCCCUUGGAGCAGUACAGGAUGAAGCAAGUAUCAGAAGAGUCCUGGAGUUUGCUAUUUCUGAUGAAGUAAGAUCACAGGAUACAGUAUUUGUGAUAAUUUCUGCAGCCAUGACAAAAGCUGGACGUGAACUCGCUUGGCAGUUCUUUAAAGAGAAAAAAGAUGAACUCCAAAAGCGGUAUGAAGGAGGGUUUCUAAUAUCACGACUGGUUAAGUAUGUUACAGAAAACUUUGCUACAGAGGAGAAGGCUCAAGAAAUUGGGGAAUUUUUUUCUAAGAACCCGUUUCCUGGAACAGAGAGAACCAUACAGCAAUCACUGGAAACAAUCCGUCUUAAUGAAAAGUGGUUAUCGAGAGAUGCAGAUGCCAUUAAGACAUAUUUAACCAGUCGUCAAUGAUCUUAACACUCAUUACAAUAGACAGAACAGCUGAAAGUAAUAUUAUGUAACAUCUGUUUAAGAUUUAGGAUUAAAACAAUAAAUUGAUUCUUUGAUGAUGACUUUAAUAUAAUUAUGAGAUCAGCAAAUUUUUAUUGGAAUCACAUCAAAAACUUGCAUUUUUUUGGUAUAAUUGAUUUAUGAUUUUACAAUGUUUCGACACCAUGUGUUUAAACUCUGGGUUAAAUGUUUUGAUUUUAACAUUUGACUAAUUCUCUGGGAGAAAUAAACAAAUGUGCUCUUUA